AUGAACUGCAAGCAAAGGAGCAUGCAGUUUUUGAGGUCUAACAAAAGUGUUAGUGAGGAUGAAGUUCUGAUGGUUGAAGCCAAUGCGGAUGCUGGUGUUAGUUUGACCUCUUCUUACAAACUACUUGCUAUGUGUUCUGCUGGGUAUGAAAACCUUAGCUUCUCGAAGAAUGACCUAAAGAACCAUCUGAACAAGCGAAGACAGAAGAACAUAGCACAUGGUGAAGCAACUUUUUUGUUGGAGUACUUUCAUAAACAAAUGGAAACCAAACAUGGAUUUUAUUAUUCCGUGGAAGUUGAUUGUGAGGAGCAAGUUGCUAACAUAUUCUGGUCGAAUGCCCAGAUGCGGGCUGAUUAUAAAUUGUUUGGUAACUCGGUCUCUUUCGACACAACUUACCGGACGAACAAAUCCUAUCGCCCAUUGGGAAUGUUUGUUGGUUUUAACCACCACCGACAGACUUGCAUAUUUGGGGCGUGUUUAUUGUAUGACGAGACUAGUGCAUCUUUCGAGUGGUUGUUUGACGCGUUUCGUCGUUGCAUGGAUCAUAAGCUCCCAACCACCAUCUUCACCGAUCAGGAUGCGGCUAUGGCCAAAGCACUUCGUAAUGAGUGGCCCGGUGUCUUCCAUGCUUUAUGUACGUGGAAAAUUUUAAUGUGCUACUGGGUUCGCCAAAUGAUUUUGUAUGCAGCACCUAAGUGGCCUUCCCAAUGCUCCAUGUAUAGGCAAGCGAAUACCCCAUAG